GACCCAUAAUCCGGAAGUGGCCUCGAAACCUUUUCCGGUCUUACUCACGUUGCGGCCUUCCUCGCGUCACGGCCGGGAUGAAGCCGAUCCUACUGCAGGGCCAUGAGCGGUCCAUUACGCAGAUUAAGUAUAACCGUGAAGGAGACCUCCUCUUUACUGUGGCCAAGGACCCUAUCGUCAAUGUAUGGUACUCUGUGAAUGGUGAGAGGCUGGGCACCUACAUGGGCCAUACCGGAGCUGUGUGGUGUGUGGACGCUGACUGGGACACCAAGCAUGUCCUCACUGGCUCAGCUGACAACAGCUGUCGUCUCUGGGACUGUGAAACAGGAAAGCAGCUGGCCCUUCUCAAGACCAAUUCGGCUGUCCGGACCUGCGGUUUUGACUUUGGGGGCAACAUCAUCAUGUUCUCCACGGACAAGCAGAUGGGCUACCAGUGCUUUGUGAGCUUUUUUGACCUGCGGGAUCCGAGCCAGAUUGACAACAAUGAGCCCUACAUGAAGAUCCCUUGCAAUGACUCUAAAAUCACCAGUGCUGUUUGGGGACCCCUGGGGGAAUGCAUCAUCGCUGGCCAUGAGAGUGGAGAGCUCAACCAGUAUAGUGCCAAGUCUGGAGAGGUGUUGGUGAAUGUUAAGGAGCACUCCCGGCAGAUCAACGACAUCCAGUUAUCCAGGGACAUGACCAUGUUUGUGACCGCGUCUAAGGACAACACAGCCAAGCUUUUUGACUCCACAACUCUUGAACAUCAGAAGACUUUCCGGACAGAACGUCCCGUCAACUCAGCUGCCCUCUCCCCCAACUAUGACCAUGUGGUCCUGGGCGGUGGUCAGGAAGCCAUGGAUGUAACCACAACCUCCACCAGGAUUGGCAAGUUUGAGGCCAGGUUCUUCCAUUUGGCCUUUGAAGAAGAGUUUGGAAGAGUCAAGGGUCACUUUGGACCUAUCAACAGUGUUGCCUUCCAUCCUGAUGGCAAGAGCUACAGCAGCGGCGGGGAAGAUGGUUACGUCCGUAUCCAUUACUUCGACCCACAGUACUUCGAAUUUGAGUUUGAGGCUUAAGAAGCUGGAUCUCCUGCCGGGCGUGGUGGCUCAUGCCUGUAAUCCCACCACUUUUUUUUUAAGGCGGGCGGAUCACCUGAGGUCAGGAGUUUGAGACCAGCCUGACCAACAUGGAGAAACCCCGUCUCUACUAAAAAUACAAAAAUUAGCCGGGCAUGAUGGCACACACCUAUAGUCCCAGCUACUCAGGAGGCUGAGGCAGGAGAAUCACUUGAACCCAGGAGGCAGAGGUUUCAGUGAGCUGAGAUCACGUCAUUGCACUCCAUCCUGAGCAACAAGAGCAAAACUCCGUCUCAAAAAAAAAAAAAAAAAAAGGUGGAUCUCCAACCAGGCCAGAGAAGAUUCUCACAGAAGGUUUUGAACUCUAAUAAAUAAAUUGGUUUGGUAAUAAA